AUAUGUAAAGAAAAAUAUAAUUUUCUUUCAUUUAAAUUAUUCCGCGCAUCAGUCACUGGCAGAUCGCGGCAUAAACGGCUUAUAUAAUCUAUGGUAGAUUAUAACCUAGAACUGCUGUCAUAUCAUCGUCAUGACAAAAUAAAUUUAAUAACCAAUAUUUAAUAAAAGCUAAUAGUGAUUUGAGAAUCGACAUUGUGAUUAAUAACAUUAAAUGUCGUUUCUUUUCUUACAGAGAAACUCAGUUAUGUUUGAUUGACCGUGUCGUCCAAAUCAUUACGAAUAAAAACAAUAUCUUAUAAAACGACAUUUAUUGUCAGAAAAAUGGAAAAGUUAAAGUUUACGUUUCAAGUGAAAUCAACAAAUGACGGAAAGUCUAACUACAUCGCUAUAACCUCAAUUGCUACACAAGAUGACAAGACUUACCUGAUCCCGGAGGAAUUUCAAGCUGUACAGUUUCACAAACAUGUUCAAGCAUCUAAGGCUUUCAAUACACUGAGAAAUACAUUGAAGAAAAGGCAUCAAACCAGAAAUGUAUGGAUAAAAAUGACAGAGGAACUUUUACAAACAUACUGUGAUGAGGAUGAAAAUAUGAUUUUCCAGGACCAAUUUCUUGAGGAAAUUACCCAAGGACAGUCAACUAUUGGGAAAACAAGAGAUUUAGAAGAUCCUUUAACGAAAAUUUUGGAAAAGUUAAUUGAAAGUCAACAAAAUAAAGAAAAACAAAGUAUAAAGAAGUUAGCCGACAGGUUUGUGAUCGAAAAAUUUGAUGGAAGAAGUGCAAGUGCAUGUCACUGGAUGGAAACAUUUGAAAAGGAGUGUGCGAGGUUUAAUAUUGAAAAGGAUGAGGAAAAAAUUGAAAUCUUCAGAUUAUUUCUUGACAAAUCAGGCGCUGACUGGUACUCUUCUAUGAUGAUAAAGUAUAGUUUACAAUCGGAGUGGUCUGAGUGGAAAUCAAACUUUUUGCAAACCUAUGCCAAUAAAGGUUGGAACGCAAGCAAGUAUGCUUUAUUUUACAGGUACCAAUCAGGCUCUUUAUUAGAAUAUGCCAUAAAAAAAGAAAAACUUCUUUUAGAAGUAAGGAAGACGAUUGAUCAUGGCACUUUGAUUGAUAUAAUUGCUGCCGGUUUACCAGAUUACAUAACGGAUAGAAUCAACAAGGAAGAAAUUGUACAAACAAAAGAACUAUUUAAUGAACUUGGCAAGUUAGAACAUUUGGUUGCAAAGAAGAAGUUUAUAAAAAAGAAAGAAGAUACUAAGCAAGUAAAGGAAAAGUGUAGUAUUUGUGAAAGUUUACAAAAAGGUGUGCGCUAUCAUUCAGAAGAUUCCUGUUGGUUCAAGACAAAAUCGAAUAAUGGAAAAGAUAAAAAUAAUAAACAAAUAAAGCACGUCAACAAUUCAGAAUUGGAAUGUGAACUGCAGUGUGAUGAACCAAAAAACUAAUAGUGCCGCCGUUAAUUAAAAUAAAAUUGGUAUUGAAUAAAAAAGUUCAGUUACUUGGAAUGUAUGACUCUGGCUCGAAUGUGUCAUUGAUAAAUGCUAAGUUAUUGAAAAUAAAGAACAAAGAAUUAGGUUACUUUAACAAUACUAAUUUAAAAACAAU